AGUCGCCUGCCUUUGCCCGAGCGGAGAGAAUCUCGAAUCGCUCGAAUCGACCUGUCGAGGAUUUUGGCUUCAGCUUCUGGGUGCUGCUGGUGCUGAGCAGCCAAAAUCGCAGAGCGCAGAAAUCGAAUGGGAAUUGGCUGCCAUAGCUGCCAUUGCGGGGGCAUCGAGAACGAGGGAAUAUAAUAAAAUAUGGCCGAGGGCGAGAUGUGAAAAUUUGAAAAUGUGAAAAUGCCUGUCCAGGCCAUCCAGUGACCACGAAAAUUGCAGUAUCCCCCAAAAUUCGUAUUCAUACACACGCACAUACUCGUCAACGAAAAAAAUCGUAAAGAAAUUCAGAAGGAAAAUCCAAAAAAAAAACCAAACCAAGCACAAGCAAAACAAUUUCGGGGCGAAAAAGAAAAAUAUAUACAAAUAUACACAUUUCGAUUCCGAUUCUAGUGGCAAAAAUUCGUAUGUACUCGUCGCUGCUCCUCAAAACACAUACAUACAUACAAACGCGACCCCCUUUUCCCGCCCACCCAAUCGCCCAAAAAUCCUCAAAGAAAAUACAAACGUGUGUGUGUGUGGUGUUUGAGUGAAAAUCUGAACGGAAGCGCUGGCUAAACAGCAAGUAAAUAAUACAAAAUAUAAUAUUAGUACAUACAUACAUACAAGAUAGCCAGGCUAAAGGCAAUGGUCAACAAAGAAAGCCAAGCAGCUGAUUUGUGAUAAGUGCAACGACCAAAAAUCGCAGGCGCUUCGAGUUACAAACAAGUGCAAUUAGCUGCCGAUGCCUACAUGUUGCAGCUGUUGCAGCAACAUCAGCACAAGUGGAGAAAAUCACGCAUACGCCCCAUACGCCCAAUGGGCCAAACAAUGCGCUCCACUUAGCCAAGUUGCGUGUCAAUGUGGUGGUACUCCAGCCCACCCACCCCCUUCUCGCCACACACGCACGCACACAUCGGCACAUACACAUGUACAUACAUACAUACAUAUAUACAAUGGCAGUGUAAUGACUAGCACAAGAAAUAAAUAAAAGGCCAGAACAACAACUACGGUGGCAGCUCCAGCUGCUCAUAAAUUUCGUAACGCUUGUGAAAUGUGCCCCUUGGUGCACGGGGCCAUUGAAUCGCUAGAUUUUCGCCCGUAAAUCCGGAGCGGAAUAUGUAAAUGCCACCCGCGCACCAUCAAGUCUUCAAAUAAAAAAACGCAAAAAGAACAGGAACCAAACCCACGCGAAGGUUGAAAUCAGGACUCUACGAUAAGGAUAACAACUACUCAAAAAGGUUAUCGGAAAAAUCUUGAAGAAUUUCUGGAAUUUUUUCGUCUUGUAAAAUCGCCCAAGGAAAAGCUAAGGAGAAGCUAAGGACGUAAAAAAAAAAAACAUUAAACAAAACGAAAACUAAAACUAAAAUCAAGAGCAGCUGCUGUGGAGAGAGCGAGAAAGAGAGCACAGAGCGCCGCAGGGAGAGGGACAGCGAGAGAGAGUGUGGGAACUUUCGAUAAAAAAUUAUUAGCAAAAACAUAAAUACGUAACGGCCUCCGCGCCCCCCACCCCGCACCACCAAAGGAGCCAGAGAAAGAGAAGCCGAGGCAAAGAAAAGAGCACCACAGCGAGCGGGUGAGUGGGUAGGUCAGUGGCAGUGGGCGGUCCGCCAGCUGGGGCAGCACCACCUCACCACCCAACACCCAGCGCCAUCAGCACCUCCAUCUUCACCUCCAUCUCCAUCAGCACCGCCAGCGUCAACCUCAACUUUCAAAGGGCAGGUAGCGGCAUGUCCUGCACCGUUUCGGAGCUGCCCAGUGGCUGUCGAUUGCGCGGCAUGACUGCAUCCUCACAGCAAAGUGCCGCCAACAAUAGUGGCAACAAUGGGAACGGCAACGGGAACGGAGGCGGCGGGGGCGUGGGCGUCGGCGGAGGUGGCGGCAGCCUGGGCGGAGUAUCGCCCACCGUGGGCGGCAGCGUGGGUAUCCUAGGCUCCACGUCCAACGUGCUGCAGGAUUCGAAUGCGACCACGUUGCAGCGUCCGCAGUCGCAGAAGCCGUGCUGCUUCUGCUGGUGCUGUUGCUGCUCCUGCUCCUGGGCCAAAUGUCUGGCCAUCAAGAAUGCCGAUGAAAAUGCCCCCACGAAGCGAGAUCUGGUAAAUGCCGAAUUCUUGGAUGGCGAGCAACCCACACUGGAGGAAAUCCGCAGCUGGGGCAAAAGCUUCGACAAGCUGAUGAAGAGCACAGCUGGUCGAAAGGUGUUCCAGAACUUCCUGCGCAGCGAAUUCAGUGAGGAGAACAUCCUGUUCUGGCUGGCCUGCGAGGACCUCAAGACGGAGAACAGCCCAGAGCUGGUGGAGGAGAAGGCGCGCCUCAUCUACGAGGACUACAUCUCGAUCCUGUCGCCCAGGGAGGUUUCACUGGACUCUCGAGUCCGCGAGAUCGUCAACCGGAACAUGAUCGAGCCCACGACGCACACCUUCGACGAAGCUCAAAUCCAGAUCUACACACUGAUGCACAGAGACUCAUAUCCGAGAUUCCUAAACUCUCAAAAGUUCAAGACACUAGCUCAACUGCAAGACAACUCGAAUGCCGGUUCCAAGGCGGAUAGUCCCACUUAGAGAGGAUAGCAUGUCGUCGAUCGCCGAUCCUUGAUCGGAUCGUAUUUGAAACGAAUUCAGUUGCGCUGUGUUGACUUUGAUUUUCCGCCCCAAUCGCUGCUGCAAUCGACUAAGCAAUAUGUAUCCAUUAGUAGAACCAUUUAACCAUUUUGCGAGCAGCCCCGAAAUCAGAAUCCUGUUAGGGGCAGGUGAAUCAGACGUCGUGCGUUCAAUAUGAAUCGGAUUCCUUUUUCUUCCUACGUUCUAGUCGUUAGCUAACCAAAGAGUUAGGCACUACAAACAAAUUGUUUUCACUAAGAAGCAGGUUCGACCACAAAAAGCAUUUUCCAAAACACCCAAACAAACAAAAACAUAAAACAAAAAAACAAAAAAAAAUACCCAGAAAGCUAAUACGAAACGAGCGACACAAAUAGCAUCCAUUGUAAUACUAGUGAUCUAAGAGACGUAUUAAUCAAAUUGAAACCAAGAUUACGGAACCCGCUAACUGAUAAGUAUGUUUAAACGUAAUCAUAAACCGCAAAGUAACAGAAAUACUUUUUCCAAACAAAAAACCAUUACAAAAAAAGAAAGAAAACCAAAAAAUCUUUUUAAACGUAUUACAUACAUAACUUUAAAUACUUAUAUAUACACAGCAGCAUAUAUAUAUAUAAAUAUAUAUAUAUAUAAAUACGGAUAUAUAGAGACAUUUAACAUGACUAGUUUUGAAAUCGUUUUAGGUCAUACGAGUAAUGACAUCGAAGCAUUUUGUAAAUACAACAGCAGACGGCAACACUUUCUACUUUCUUAUGAAAACCCAUUGAGGAUGCAGUCCUUUCUUAAGCAAAUCUUAAAAAGCCUCAUCUUGAGCCGUACUUUGAGCCAGACCACAACCAGACCAUACAUAUACCCUAUAGAAUCUUAUCCGAAUGCAAACCGGAACGUCGUGUACCAUAUUAUUUCGAUGUCGAGCUGAUUUCCAAGUCGAAAGAAGAACGUUUCGCAAUAUCACUGCCAACACAUAAAUGAAAAAAUCAGAAGUUCGCAACAAAAAAAUAUCCUCUUACAAUGUAUUAUGCAAAUUUGUUUUUCGUUAGAGAAGCGGAAGUUCCAAGAGUUUCCCCGCAUUGCUCCCUUUCUGCAUUAAAAACAUACACAUAUUAAAAAACAGUAUUAUAAAUAACAAAAAAAAGGUAACAAAAAAAAAGGGAAACACAAAAGUAUGGUUACAUUUAAAUUUUAGCAAACAAGUUGUCGAAUUGAAAACUAAAAACAAAUAUAAAAUAUGAAAAGAAUGAAAAACAAAAACAAGUUUAUAAGGAAAAAAACACAGAACAAACAGGUGGACUUUCGGUUCGAGCCCUGGCAAAAAGUUAACAAUGUACUUUCGAUCUUAAGUUGGUUUCCUUUAACCUUAGGUUGUUUGUGUUCGAGGCACAAUAUUUUACAAGUACAAUAUUAAUGUGUGUACCUUCGUUGCGGGGAGCGGGGAAUGUAUUUUCGUAGCUAGUUGGUGUGCCUAGUUUUAAUGCAUCUAUCGAUACAAAACCCCACCACCCAUCACACUCCGACAUGAACAGCAAACACAAGUAUAUUAACUUUACUAGCAAUUAAGCAUCUUCCAGUUCCCCAAAAGCAUAUGUUUUCAAUAUUGUUCACCGUCAAUCAAGCCAUAUACUUUAAAGCUUAUUUAAUCAGGGUAAACAUUCUUUUCUUAUAACCAAAGGGUCGCUAUUCGAUGUUUUGUUAAUAAUAUAGAUAAUUUUGGAAUACCCCUGCAUAAGUUCCUAUAUUUUUAUAACAGCUUAGACACGAUUGAAGGUCCGAUUUCCGCCUAGUCCUUAAAAACUUGACUUUUACGCGUCACUCAGGCUGCUACUUGGAAUUGAGAAUUCGACAACCGCUUUUGCAUUAUAGCAUUAUUGCAUUAUAGUCGAUGAAAUCGGCAGAUCGACAAAUCGGCAGAUCGGAGAACCAACGUCAGUUUCCAUGGUUUGUUACAUUAAUUUUAGGCAAUCAGGUUAGACACAAUGUCCUGGCCAAAGGGACGCGCGGAGGUAUGGAAUGUUUGUUUGUGAAUGUUUCUCUUCGGUUUCUUACUUUGCAUAACGGACAGAAAUAAGACUUUUUGAAGAAAAAAAAAAACCAAAAUAUAUAAGUACAUAUAAUGCGAUUGUUGUUUGUUUUUAGUUUUUAGUUUUAUACACCGCCACACUCGCACACACAAAACACACACGCCCGCACACACCGAUACAUGCAUAUACAUAUAUAUACUACUUAGCGGUAUAUGUACAAAAAGGUAAUCAAGCAUUAGUGAAAAGUUUCGACCAGUUAAAAACCACAAAUUAAAUUUAUUACCAA